AUGGCACCCUCAUUGAACGAAAAUCCCGCGGUCAAUGCAGCGCCGCCGCCACGAGUCUUCUUCGAGAAACUAACUUGGCUUCUAAUGAAGAACUCAGGACUUCCGGACUACAAAUUCAGAGCAAAGUUUCUUGAACUUGCUAAGGAUGCUGAUAUCUCACAAAAAGACUGGUGUCAUGCUAUUUUGCAGAAGAUUGAUUCGAAGAAAAUGUUCAAACUUGCACCCAUGAGGAUUUCCGAAGAAGAACUUUCGAAAUUUAUUGGACUUUGUGAGAGACAACUCCGACCAUUGUAUCCCCCGGAUAAAUUGCCCGAUCAAAGUUCGGCACAGUAUGAAAAGUUGGGAAGUAGUAGCCUCUUGGAUUUAUCGACUCCACUUCCGAAGAACCCCAAACUGUUAUCGGAAAAUAGUAAUGACUUGGAUUCCUUGGUCAGAAUUCCGACUCUCUUGCAAACGGAUUACAUGUCUUCGGAAUUUAAGGAUCAUGCCAGACAUGCAAUAUUAAUGAACCGAAAAGUGUUGAUGACCGCAAGACCAAACGUGGCAGUAAGUUCUAAAAACAUAGUUGGUAUCUGCUUCCAUGACAGCAGCAUAUUAACUAAAGUUGGCGAUACUGCUGGAUACGAUACCAUGGGUAGAACUGUCUGUGUAGCAGGUUUCGAAGCAGAUGGCAGGCCAUUUUUCGAAACAUUUCCAGAGCUUAUAGUCCGUAGUGAAGACGGCAAGCGGGUAUUUAGGAUAGGAUAUGAUGCUAAUGGAAAGCCGAUUCAUGCUCUUUUUGACAAGUAUGGAAACUUUGAGGGCAUUUAUGAAAAGGGUUACAUUUGGAGCAAGCCGACUGAAAGAUUCGAAGGUUAUAUUGGAACUGGUAACAUUGGGGACAAUGAUAAGGGCUUACUGGUCGACGACAUGAGAUAA